UAACGGGUCAGCUUUUAGCAGACGAGUGUUUCCAUGUUUUAUUGCGGUGUUAUUAAUUCCUGGAAGAUUUCGUGGAUAAACGGAUACCGAUUAUGCCAAAAGUGAAAUAUUCUGAUGUUGGAUGGAAAUAGCGGAUUCUUUAACAACUUUUAUUACUGUUUUAGUGUUUUGUAUUGAUAGCAUUCGUUAUCGUUUUUCUGAAAAUUCUUGGAGUGGUUCUUCUUGUGAAAAAUUGUCGAGAAAAAUUUGAUCAUGUUAUUGGUUCGUACCGGUAUUGAGUUUGGAUAAAUAUAUGAAUAUCCGCAGUAUUCUAGCGGAUUUUUUCAUGAUUGUUCCAAAGUCUCUGCCCCCGGUUAAUCUAAAUGAACUAUGCGUAUGCUUUGCCGUAAUGGGGCCCGGCUAUUUGAGAUUCCAUUGGAAGUCCUCUCUAAGCAGUGGCGGAAAGCCGUUUUUUGUCUGAUAAUUGCAAUCUAUUGGGCGGCUGAUGGAUUAGUGUCAUGUGUUCCCCUAUCGUCGUCGUCUGCUAAUCACUUUGCUAAUUCAUUUGCAAGUUACAAAAGUAAUUCUUCAGACCAGUGCCUUUAUUUAACGAAAAAUCAAAGCAUGAGAAUAUGUGAUGUGCAAGUUUCAGAAAGAAACAAAAUGAUACGGAAUUACAGGUUAAAAUUCUGUUCUUCGUAUAAUUUAUUUCAUAUAAUAAGUGUUUCCGAUAUGGCUCGACCAUGUCGCUUGAAGGGCUCCAAAAAUGACUGCUCGGGCUGUCUUAACAGCUUAGUUGAAUUGGACGAGGAUAUUUACAAAACGUUUUACGGAUUUGAGGAAUUACUCGAUAGAUUUGACUGCAACACAGCAUUUUCUGUGAAAUGGAAUUGUUCACACUGUAAGCGAGCCUAUAAAGAAUGGUUGUGUGCAACUCAGUUAUCAUUUUACUACUCGGGGAAGCGUAUGUUGCCCUGUGACAGUUUCUGCACGCGGAUAGAACAAAUGUGCCCUUUCUUUCGUCCAAGAAACAUAGAUACUCACACAGGAGAUCCUGGUUUUAUAUGCAAAGACAAAGACAUCAGUACUGAUGCCCGAUUUACAAAAUACGGCAGUGAGCCUUAUUGCUACAAGCUGUGUCACCUAAUAGAUGUUAAAGAAGAAUUUGGCAAUGACUCUGACUCCAAAUGUCACAAAUUAAAGCCCAUACCAAACGUGACAAACAUACCACAUAGCACUUCCAGCUCUCAAAUAAAGCAUUCGUUCGCACUCGGGGACCUUGUACACAUGUUAGCUUUCGUGUGGACGAUACGCACCAUUUUACAAAUUUCUGAUAUAGGAUUAACAUAGUGAAAUGUACAGUAGUGCUUAGGUAUGCUUCUUUUAAUGCUGUAUAAUGUGAUAUAAGUGACAAACCGAAAGUAGAGAUGGGGAAUCGGGGAUAGCAGAUGAACAGAUCUAAUUGUAUGUAUGUUUAAUGGGUGGAAGCCAAAAAAAAUCAACACGUAAAAUGAAGUCAGAAAUGAGAACGGCGCCAACUGUCUUGUUUCUUGGAUUAAUACGCCAAGGAGUGUGUUCCAGUGAACGAUAGUGAUGACCUAUUUAAAUAUUUCGUGAUAUCUCAGGCGCUUUAACCCUUGGUACUUCCUGUGCUCAUAGUUAAUGGAAGAAGCCAAUCAUUAUUGGAUAUGGUGACCCCAGGGUCAUGACCCCAAAGGUCAUUAGUCAAAGUUAAUUUUUACUUGUAUACUUAUAUGGACCACAGCUCAAAAUUAGCUCAAAUGAAAACAUCCAAGCAAUCACAUGAUAUUACUACGAAAUAUUGAAGUUGGAUAUUUGUUAAUUAUAGUGAUAUCAAGUCUUAAUG